AUGCGCGGGCGCUGGUCGGUCGCCCCGCGGCUCCCCGCCGCCGUCCGCGCCCGCAGCGACGAGUAUUUCGGAAUCGGAAAUAAAGGAUUCUGGGAAAUCGUUGGCCUCAACGAGGCGCGCGGCGAUGCGGGCAGGACUGAGGCACAGGAUAGACGGCAUACGUUGGUGGUGGCGUUUCGCGCGGCGCGCAUGCUGGAAGGGGCGCUAUUGGGGGCGCACACAAUAGUUGAUAGCAAAGAGGCGCUUGUAGCAGCGGCGCCUCCGAAAUCAGGACUGGCAGUUGAAACCCUGUAUAUACGACGACGUAGCCAAUUGCUCAGAGAAAAUUCAAAAUUUAAGGACAUUGAAACAAUAAAAAAGUACUUGAAUAUAAGAAGUCAGCUGCUACAGCGCCGAUAUGGGGUGCAGGAUAACAUCUCCAUCAGUUCUGCAUCGUCUCGGCCCAGAUCAAGUAGCAAAGCAAGUUUAGCAGUAGAAGAAGUUUACUCACCAUCUGGAGCCAAUUUGAAGAAGAAAAAUGAUCUCACUAUAUCAGAGAACUAUGCUUUCACUGGAGUACAUCAUAUAUUUGAUCAGCACACGGACCAAGUGAGCAUGGUGAAGUUCGCGAACAACGACCGGUCGAAGCUGUGCUGCGCGUCUCACGACGGCACCGUGUCCAUCUGUGACGUCACCGCCACCCCGCCCCGCGUCAGCGUCAUCCUCGAGGGACAUUCCAAGGCCGUCACAGGAUGCGACUGGUCUGCAUCGAACGAGCUUGUGGUCACAUGCGGCAUGGAUGGCGCACUUUGUUUAUGGGAUGUGAACCGACGCACGCGCUUGAGAACCGUCUCCGAUCAACUCAACGCACCCAUACUCUGCUGUGUGUUCCAGCCUGCUAAUAAUAACAUGGUCAUCGCGGGCAACGCUCGUGGAAUGGUAGAAGUUUUGAAUAUAUCCACUGGAAUAUACCCUAGAGGAGGUAGCAGUAUCCUCGGUGGUCGAGUUCUUUCUAUAGCGUGCGACUCGAGUGGACGUAUGUUCUGGGCCGCUAAUGACAAGGGUGUAAUAAUAAGUUACCGCAUGGAAGGUGCGGGCGGCGGGUUGAGCAAACUGCGGCGGUGCUGCGUGGGCGGCGGCGUCACCUGCCUCUCGUGGAGCCCCUGGUUGGCCAGGCACCCUGCGUUGCUUGUCAGCGCGCAGGACAACUCGCUUUACUUGUUCCGGAUAACCGACCGCGAAGGCGCUCUGUCGCUAAAGAAACGUUUUGACAUACUGGCGACGCACCAGACGAUCCGGUCUACGUUCUGCCCGAUCAUGUCGUUCCGGCGCGGCGUGUGCGUCGUAUCCGGUAGCGAGGACUCGUGCGUCUACUUCUUGGAUAUUGAAGGCCGCGCUGAACAUCCCGUUGUUAACAAGUUGCAAGGUCACGCGCAUCCCGUGCUGGGCGUAAGCUUCAGCUAUGACGAGAGCCUGUUGGCCACCAGCGAUGUCUCCGGCCUCGUUAUUAUCUGGCGCAGGAGUUGACCAUUCCUUCCUAACAAGAGAAUAGACAGUUAAAGGAGACGUGCUGUAAUAGAGCGCGUAGACACUAUCGAACAUUGUGAGCCAGUUUGGGAUAUAUUUGCCAACAUCGGGGGACACGGCUGUGUCCCGCCAAAGGCGAGGAAUUACGACCGUAUUUUGUCCAUACAAAUUGCGAACCUUUCCCAGCGUGCAAAAUUUGCUACUAAAAUCGACUAACUCACGACUUUUACUGGUCAAUCAGUUAGCAGCUGUGGUUCUCGAGAUUGAAAAAUAAGCUUAUUUAAGUGUAGACAGUAAAUCACCCUUAUAACUUUUAAACGGUGGACCGACUAAAUCGAAAUUUUUUGCGACUAGAACAGACUAAAUGGAGACUUUUGUCUGACUAAUCAAAUUUUUAAAAUUCGACCAUGAUUACGCUGGAAUAAGGGACGCAUAUAUAUCGUGUCACUCCUAAUUAAGACGUAUACAUAAUAACUAAGUAAAAUUUUGUCAACAUUGACUAAGCCAUACUAUCCUACUUAGGUUUCAAAAAGCGAACAUUCAUCCCAAAUGUAUGUUUAUCUAUUUUGCAUGUGAAUAGAACUCAUUGAUCGGCAAAAUCGAUUGUUACAAAAAAAUGUAAUCGGAAACGCAUUAGGACAUCACUAAUUGAUUAGAAUUCGAGGUAGCAAAAGUUAAAUAAAUGGAGAAAAAUUGAAAGCCAGAGGACGAAAAUUUUAC